AUGGGCUCAAUGGAAGUAAAGCCCACUGCUGUUGCUUAUGUCCAACUAGCUUCAGUCUCCAACGGUAACAGAGGAAAGUCUCUCACCGCGUAUUCUUCCCGUACGGUCAAGGAUCCAAGGCCAGCUCAUACUACAAUCCAAAUGAGGAACAUGUUUAGUCCUUUAGCGUCACCAACAGCCUCUGUUCCCACAAGUCUGCUUGCAGAGAACAAGAGCUAUAUCGAAUGGUUGAACAAACAAAGGGUAAACUCGGUGAUAUACAUAGGCAUGGGAAGCUUAGCUUUGAUGGAAAUCAGUGAGGUGAUGGAAACUGCUUUGGGAUUGGCUGCUAGCAACCAACACUUUUUAUGGGUGAUCCCACCAGGGUCGAUACAUGGUUCAGAAUGGACAGAGUCUUUGCCUGAAGAGUUUAGUAAGACGGUCUCGGAUAGAGGUUACAUUGUGAAAUGGGCUCCACAGAAGAAAGUACUUGCUCAUCACGCAAUAGGAGGAUUUUGGAGCCAUUGUGGAUGGAACUCAACACUAGAAAGCAUCAGCGAAGGAGUUCCCAUGAUCUGCUGGCCAUCUACGAGUGAUCAAAAGGUGAACGCGAGAUACGUGGAGUGUGUUUGGAAAACUGGGAUUCAAGUGGAGGGUGAGCUAGACAGAGGAGUGGUCGAGAGAGCUGUUAAGAGGUUAAUGGUGGACGAAGAAGGAGAGGAUAUGAGGAAGAUAGCUUUCAGUUUGAAAGAGCAGCUUAGAGCCUCUGUUAGAAGUGGAGGUUCUUCACACAGCUCGCUGGAAGAGUUUGUACGCUUGAUGAGGACUCUAUGA